AGGCAGCCAGGCAGCAGACCAGACCAGACCCCCAGAACCCCAGACCGAGACCGAAACCAAAACCGAGCCCGGGCCCAACAGUUUAGCGACGGCAACGGCAGGUGCCAUUUGAAGUGUGCGGACGGUAGAAUGGUUUUUUUGGAUGCGAACGAAAGCAGCGGCGCUUUCAUUUCCAAUUUUCCAUAAGGGAAAUCCGCGUUUAUAUUGCCCCCCGACGGUGACGGGUGACGGUGACGGCGACAGCGACGGCGACGGCAACAGCGAUGAGUGCGUACGGCGGCGGCAAUGUUCGCGACGGUUCGAGUUUUUAUUCCACCGCCCCCGCUUUCAAAUUCGAUGUCAUGCCAAAGAUAACGACAGCGACGUCGGCAGCGGCGGCAGCAACGGCGGCGACGUCGACUACAGCGUUGGCAACGGUUAACGUGGAAAAUAAAUUCGAAGCGGCAGAGCCAACGGCUUUUAGUUUUCGAACAGCGGCGGCGGAGCAUACAACACAACAGCGAUCCGAGCAGAUCGCCAGCAGCAGCAGCAGCAACAGCAACCAUAAAGCAACAACACCCACAACAAAAGCAACAUCAACAACAACAACAGCCACAGCAACAGAAAGUGAACCAAGAACUAGAAUUGCAGCAACAUCCAAAGAGAGGCAUAAAGGGAACAAAGAAAACGCAUCUACCGCUCCAUGUGAACAGCGUCUGCAGCGUCUGGCCAGGCACAAGGCUCAACUCCGUGCCGCCUUCUUCAAGGACAUUAUCCAUCAUAUAGAAGAGCCCACGAGCAGAAGUCCAACGGAAAGAGCCGCGGACACUGAAACUGGAGCCAAAACCCCAGGAGAGGAGAACACCGGGCGAACGGAAGAGCAAGUGAAACCCAUCCAGCUGUUGAUUCACAAAUUCCAGGCCAUGAUUGUGCAGCAGGAACAGCAGGCGGAACGCGAGCGGGAGCUGAAGGCAGCGGCUGCCUCGGGCGGAACGGCCACCAGUGCCGCCAACUCGGAUGAGGGCUGCAAUGUGACCGGGGGCGGAUUGAGUCCCUACAGCAGCGACAACGAGGAUUCCGGUGCUACAGUGGGUGCCACCUCGCGCUCCCGGAAGGGCAAGGUAACGCGCUGCGCCAGCAGUGAUUCCGCCCUGGGCCUGGAAGUGGACGAUGUCCACAUCGAGGUGGUGACGAUUCCGCCCCAACGUCGCAUGACCCUGACCGUCACCGAUCUGCCGCUGCGUCCGGCCCUGUUGCCUUUGGCCGAGCCCACCGCUCUGCCGGACUCGUCGCCCCUCACCUCGCCCACCGGUACUGGGGGAUUGGUCGGCGCCGUCGGAGUGCCCACCAAGGUGCUGCUGGAGGAGCGACUGGUGGCCGCACUGGCAGCUCCACCCGGCUCUAGGCGGGAGUCCACGCAGAGCUGCUUCAGCGAGCUGGGGGCCGGGGUGCGCUACGUGCGCACACCAUCGGUGGUGGUGUCCGACUACUCGGACGACAUCACCGCCUGCGGCAUCAGCAUGGAGGAGAUGGAGUACUUUCGGCUGCAGCGGUCCCGCGGGCAGCGCCGCUGCUCGCUGGAAGCGGGAGCAGCCUCGGCCGCCGGCAUGGGCCAAGGAUUUGCCAAGGACGAAGGCCAGUCGGAUGUCAGUGCCGCGAGCAGCUGCAGCAAUCUCUACUACUGCGGCUCCACAAUAUCCGCCCUGGACGGCGGCGAGUGCAUUGUGAAUGGCGUUCGUGUGGCCCUGGCCAGAAAGUCCAGUCGCAGUCACAGCACCAGCGGCGACGAGGACGACGAUGAGGAGGUGGAGGUGGACGAACCGGUGAUUGAGGAUCUCGAGCUGGAGGAGGAGGAGCAGCAGGUGCAAGCGGAACAGGAGGAUCAGCAGAAGCCACAGCUGCAGCCACAGACACAGACGCAGAGGGAUCGUGCUGGGGAGAGGGCCACAGAGACAGAGGGAGAUCCACACCGUCUGCUCAGCGAAAUGCUGGCUGCCACGCUGCUGCGAGAUGGCACCAAGAAGAGCUCUGGCUGGCGGAAGAUCCGCAACAUUGUGCAAUGGACGCCCUUCUUUCAGACGUACAAGAAGCAGCGCUAUCCAUGGGUCCAACUGGCCGGGCAUCAGGGCAACUUCAAGGCCGGUCCUGAGCCGGGCACCGUCCUCAAGAAGCUUUGCCCCAAAGAAGAGGAGUGUUUUCAGAUCCUCAUGCAGGACCUGCUCCGGCCCUAUGUGCCCGUCUUUAAGGGUCAGGUGACCAGCGAGGAUGGUGACCCAGUUUACUUGCAGCUCCAGGAUCUGCUGAGCGACUAUGUCCAGCCAUGCGUGAUGGACUGCAAGGUGGGGGUGCGCACCUACCUCGAGGAGGAGCUGUCCAAGGCCAAGGAGAAGCCCAAGCUGCGCAAGGACAUGUACGACAAGAUGAUCCAGAUAGACGCCCAGGCCCCAACACUGGAGGAGCACGCGGCCAAGGCGGUGACCAAGCCCCGGUACAUGGUCUGGCGUGAGACCAUCUCCAGCACGGCUACGCUGGGCUUUCGCAUCGAGGGUAUCAAGAAGAGCGAUGGCACCAGUUCCAAAGAUUUCAAAACGACCAAGUCACGCGAACAAAUCAAGCUGGCCUUCAUGGAGUUCCUCAGCGGCCAUGCCCAGAUUCUGCCGCGUUAUAUUCAGCGCCUGCGCGCCAUCCGCGCCACUCUGGCAGUAUCCGAGUUCUUCCAGACGCACGAGGUGAUCGGUAGCUCCCUCCUGUUUGUCCACGACCAUAACCAUGCCAGCAUCUGGCUGAUCGACUUUGCCAAGACGGUGUCCCUGCCCCCCGAGCUGCACAUCGACCACUAUUCGGCCUGGAAGGUGGGCAACCAUGAGGAUGGCUACCUGAUCGGCAUCAACAAUCUCAUUGAUAUAUUCGUCGAGCUGCAGGCGGCCCUGGAAAAGGACGCAGAACCAUCCAGCAAUGAUGCCUCUGCUACUGCGGAGGAUGGUGCAGCAGGAGGAGCCGAUGAGUAAACCCUAAUUCGUUGGCGGAUCGGAGGAGACGGGGCUGAGCCCCUGAGACAAAUGCAAUCUGAGUUGCACGAAACACAAUUACACGAUUGAAUAUUCCCCCAAAACCUAAGUUUAGGCUAGAAAAUAGUUAUCUUCUACUACAACUAUUUUUUUUUUUUGUUUUUUUUUUGUAUAAACUACAUACGUUUAACCCGUUAAAUUUAAAGAAAAAGACUGAGACAGAAUAUAUACCUAUACGAUAGACCAAGAGCUUGGCCUUGCUGUUUGGUAGAGUUAUUUAUUUAUGAAAGAUUCACAUUCUAAGCCGCGGCAUGGCACCCCCUCGAACCACGAAUACAUGUAGCAAAAAUUUAAAUCAACCAGAAUUAUAAUAUGUACGCAUAAUGUUAAAAGCAGUUUAGUUUUAUGGUUAUUAAUGUAACGUUAAUGCGAUUACCUACUAAAUACAUACUAAUUGUGCACUAUUAAAUUCAGUUCGAAUCCGAAUCUUC